GCGAAGGCACCAAAGAGCGAGCUAGCUGACGUCACAAACCGGAAGCUAAAGCUUUUUUUUUGUAUUUGUAAAUUGAGAUCAGUAAAACUAAUGGUAUGAGACAUUUGCAUGGAAAGUGUGGGUCUCAGGUCUGUGCGGGUUAAGUUAGCCGUUUGUCUUACCUGUUGUUGCAACAGGUAUAGACAUAAAUAAACCGAACUGGGUCUUUGUAUUGCCUUACUUUCGCAAUGUGGGCUCCUGAAGAAUUUGAAAAGCAUUGGAAAAAUGAAUUCCCCGACGGGGAAGUUCCAAAGAUGGACCUGAGUUCCAUAGAAGAUAUUGAAAGAGAACUGGAAAAAUGCAAAACCAACCUGAAAAUAUAUCAACAGACCUUGUCAGAAGAGAAAUUCAAAGUCAUAUACCUUCAGACGACUCUUGCCAGACACAAGAAGGCUUACGAUAACCGGUGGGACUGCAGUGUGGAACUAAAGGAAAAGGUGGACGCAACGAACGACAAAGAAGCAACAGAGGAGAGCGGCGACAAAACGGGUGAAAAAACAGAAAAGGAGGACCAGAGAUUAAAUGAACACGACAGCACAGAAAGCGAAGAGCGUGGAGAAAACGUGACAGAAGAGAAGGGACGCACCAAGACCAGCAACAAUGCAGCAGCAGGUAAUCCCUACCGUGUCCCCUCGGGGUUCCGUUCGGUUCAAAGUGAUGCUCCUCAUCCGAACCCGACCGCCAGCAGUUCUGACCCGCACGGGCUGUAUGCCACUGUGAAUAAAACCAGUCAUAGUAAGAACAUCGCCAAACAAGAGAGCGCAGGGGAGGCAAGCGAUCACGACUACGAAGACAUCGAUCUGAAUGUGAAUUUUGUCAAAAGUAACCUGAUGACUCCUAAAAUAAAACUCAGGGAUACCCAGGUUUCUAAUCCGCACAGGGCUGCGCUGAAGGUGUUCUGGGACAGCAGGAAUUUUGACUCCAGCGAUGAUGGGAGGCUUUCCCCAUCGGGCUGUCAGGACAAGUCGUUUGAUCAUCCCGACGGAGGGGGUAAGAAGUUACUGGCAGUGCCCCGCAGAUCCCAUCAUCAGCACUCGAACCGCGGCUCCGGCUGCAGCACACCUGAGCGAGGUAGCGAUGGGUAUCUCAGUUCUGACCUGGAGGACUCGUCAUCAGCAGAUUUCAACUACAACACUGACGGAUACGAUGGGGAUGCCACAGACGAACACAAAUCCCAGGACGGCUCAGAGACCAUGCCCUUCAUUGACGAGUCCCCCACCAUGUCCCCUCAGCUCAGUGCUAGGAGUCAAGACAGCGGAGACGCAGUGUCCCCAUCCCCGAAUGACAUCCUAGUGCCUGGGGGGGACACGUAUGCAGAAAAAGGUCUGGAGAUGAGAAAGUUGGUUCUGUCUGGGUUCCUGGCCAGUGAAGAGAUUUACAUCAACCAGCUGGAAGCCUUGCUCUUGCCUAUGAGACCCCUGAAGGCGACUGCCACAACAUCUCAGCCCGUUUUGACCAUUCAACAGAUAGAGACAAUCUUUUACAAAAUCCAGGACAUUUUUGAGAUACACAAGGAAUUUUACGACAACCUGUAUCCUAAUAUUCAGCAGUGGGACAACAAUCUGACCGUGGGACACCUCUUUCAAAAGCUGGCCAGCCAGCUUGGUGUGUACAAAGCAUUUCUGGAUAACUACAAAGUUGCCGUGGAGACAGCUGAGAAAUGUAGCCAGGCAAACAAUCAGUUUCAGAAGAUUUCAGAGAACCUCAAAGUAAAGGGCCCUAAAGAUUCUAAGGACUGCACCACCUCAGUCACAAUGGAAGCUUUGUUAUACAAACCCAUUGAUCGGGUCACAAGAAGCACGCUUGUUCUUCACGACCUCCUGAAGCACACUCCAACAGACCACCCGGACUACCCCUUGCUGCAGGACGCUCUCCGGAUCUCCCAGAACUUCCUGUCCAGUAUCAAUGAGGAAAUCGACCCCCGCAGGACGGCUGUCACCACACCGAAGGGAGAGGCCCGGCAGCUGGUGAAGGAUGGUUUCCUGGUGGAGCUGUCAGAGGGGACGAGGAAGGUGCGUCAUGUCUUCCUCUUCACUGACCUCCUCCUCUGUGCCAAAAUGAAGAAGACCGCAGUGGGGAAACAGCAGCAGUAUGACUGCAAGUGGUACAUUCCCCUGGCGGACCUGACUUUCCAGACCCUGGACGAGUCGGACACCUCCCCCCACAUCCACACCAUGCCAGAGCACGAGAUCGAGGAGAUGAAGAUGAAGAUUUCAUGCAUCAAGAGCGAGAUUCAGAAAGAGAAGAAAGCAUCCAAGGGCCAGAGCAGAGCUGUGGAUCGCCUGAAGAAGAAGAUGUUCGAGCAGGAAUCCUAUUUACUGCUGCACUCCCCGACCAUCCCCUUCAGAAUUCACAACAUACACGGAAAGAGCUACUUGUUUCUUCUGUCGUCUGAUUACGAGAGAUCUGAGUGGAGAGAGGCCAUCCAGAAACUGCAGAAGAAGGAUCUCCAGGCCUGUGUGUUGAGCUCCGUGGAGCUGCAGGUUCUUACAGGGUCCUGUUUCAAGUUAAGAACAGUUCACAACAUCCCUGUUACCAGCAAUAAAGAUGAUCACGAAUCGCCUGGGCUGUAUGGAUUCCUGCAUGUGAUUGUCCACUCGGCCAAAGGGUUUAAAGAAUCAGCAAACCUGUACUGCACACUGGAAGUCGAUUCCUUUGGGUACUUUGUCAGCAAAGCGAAGACCAGAGUAUUCCGGGACACCACCGAACCGCAGUGGAAUGAGGAAUUUGAGAUUGAGUUGGAGGGUUCCCAGUGCUUACGGAUCCUGUGCUACGAGACGUGUUAUGACAAGUCCAAGUUAAGCAAGGACGACAACGAGAUUGUAGACAAAAUCAUGGGGAAGUGGCAGGUUCAGCUGGACCCACAGACGGUGCAGUCCAAGAACUGGCACAUGGACGUAAUAGAGAUGAACGGGAUUAAGGUGGAGUUUUCAAUGAAGUUUACAAGUCGGGACUUGAGUUUAAAGAGAACUCCAUCGAAAAAACAGAGCGGAGUCUUUGGAGUCAAGAUUAGCGUGGUUACAAAACGGGAACGCUCCAAGGUGCCUUACAUAGUCCGGCAGUGCAUUGAGGAGGUGGAGAAGCGUGGAAUCGAGGAGGUCGGGAUCUACAGGAUUUCUGGCGUAGCUACAGACAUUCAGACUCUGAAAGCUGUGUUCGACACGAAUACCAAAGAUAUCUUGGUGAUGCUGAGUGAGAUGGAUAUCAACGCCAUAGCCGGGACUCUGAAGCUGUACUUCAGAGAGCUGCCGGAGCCUCUGCUCACAGACAGGCUGUAUCUGGCGUUCAUGGAGGGAAUAGCUCUCUCGGACCCUGCUGCCAAGGAGAACUGUAUGAUGCACCUUCUCCGCUCCCUGCCCGAACCCAACCUCAUCACGUUCCUGUCCUUGCUGGAGCACCUGAAGAGAGUUGCAGAAAAGGAGCCCAUCAAUAAGAUGUCCCUGCACAAUCUGGGCACAGUGUUCGGCCCAACACUGCUCAGGCCCUCAGAAGUGGAACAGAAAGCACACAUCAACCUGGCCUCAGAUAUUUGGUCACAUGAUGUCAUGGCACAGGUCCAAGUGUUGCUGUAUUAUCUUCAGCACGCCCCGAUUUCCAUCGCAGAGCUGAAACGUAAUACACUCUACUACUCCACUGAUGUGUAGACCCAGGGCAGGCUGAGAAGGGACAGCCCUCUCCGCUCGCACGGGCUCCCCGCCCGUUUUGACACAUACUUUUUUGUACAGGUUUAAUAGAAGAAAAAGAAACCGACACUGUGCUCCCUUUGCAUUAGUCACGUCUAGUGUAUUUUGUGUUGAAAGCACUGUUUCAUGUCUGUUUCGUAAAUGCCGAAGACUGACAAAAAGCAGCAGACUUUUCAGUUUCCUGCGGACAUUAUUGGCACUUGCAUUGGUUUCCAUCGUUCAGGAAUCCAGAGUAGCUGAAGACAUAUGUUUUGGUUCCUGCUUUUAGCAGUUUGAGUUUUUCCAUCCGAUGUGUUUAACUCUGUAAAGAUUUUCUGUGGUCAACUUUGAAGCCGGAAGUUUCCUACUCGCAGCUACAGCACCUGUAGCUUUUUUCAUCUAACCUGGAUCUUGAGGACAGCUGGGGGAUGGCAUUAAAAUAAGGACCUUUUUCCUUUGUUGCAAUGUCAGCGUUGAUAACCGAGAAUGAUGUUUUAAACAGGUACAGUCAUUCUCCCAAGAUGGAUGGGAGAGAAUAUGGUGUCUGGUAAAUGUUAGUAGCAUGGUGGUAUAAAACCAGUUAGUCAUUCCAGAAUGUUCUGUUACUUGGUUUACUUCUGAGGCAUUCCAGAAAUUACAUUUCAUAUUUUAUAAAUAUUUUUUGUUAAAUGGUUUAUUUUGCUUUGUGCAUGUGGGGUUGUGUGAACUGGUAGCCAAACUUGAGUUGUGAAAUAAUUCAAAUCGAGUGGAUUUUAACUGAGGAGUAUUUUAACUGAAAAUGUACGAGAACGGCAUGGCUCUCUGUUGUGUAUGUAAAAGCAAAAUUUGCCCUAUUUAUUAAUAAAAUAUUUGGAUUAAAGGUUUUAACGUGUGCCUGUACAAUCCAGAACUUCAUUUGAAAUCCUUUACAGAAACAUUUCAUUUUUUUUAUUUUUGGUAUUGAGUGUUAGAAGCUAUUCUGAAGGUUGGUGAUGUUGUAAGUUCAAUAUUGGCUGAAACGUACUGUAACAUAUCCAUAAACAAACAAAAAGGAAAUCCCAAUUUAAUUCAAAUCUACUCCCUUAUUUUUAAGUUUUUACAAAAAACAUGAUUAAUGGGAGUUGUCAUAGAAAUGUACUCCCAGUCACUUCAUUGUAAUACAGCUCUUAAUACUUCAUAGCAUUCUAAAGUAGCUAUGGGGAACGAUGGGUGUAGCUUUCCUCAUUGCAUGUACUGCUUCAUUAGUAAGGGAGGAGGCUGGGUAACAGAAAUCCUACAAUUGUCUUGGUGUAUCCUCAUCAAUGCUCUUUCACUGUAGAACCCUACAAAAGACUUUCUGAUAUCCAGCAUCUGACAUAUCACAAAAUAAGCAGUUAGAUAGUAAUACUAUUUAAUAUUUUUUAAUAUAAGAUUAAAGAAAACCAAGACUGUGCAUUUUACUUCCAUGGGAAACAAGAAGGAUAAAUGUUGAUGUGAACUUUUUUUUUUUUUUUGGAAAAUAAAUAAAAAUGUACUGAACACAAGUCGAUAUGAUAUUUUUGGAUCUUGAGAAUUUUCUUCUGCUUGCCAUUAAAAGUAUAUCCUUCUCUUCUGUCA